UGUCUUGCUUGUCCUCAUCCAGGAGUGAAUUUUCCAGAUGGAUGGAAAAAUGCCUCACAGGAGAAAAAGUUCAUAGCAAUUCUUUGUUCUGACAAUGUCAAGGAUCCUGGUUUGCACACUGGCAAGGUGUACUUUGUGGAGCAUGAUGGAUAUUUGACUCACAUGCAAAAAUACAUGACCCAAAAAGAUAUCAGUAGCUGUAGUGGUUUCCAAACUUUAGCACAUGCAGAAAGCAAGAAUAACAAAGGUCUACAUGUGACAGGCAUUGGCAUAUGUGUGUGUGCGUGA